AUGUGGAUCUCUUCGAGACCUCGAACGAGAAUCAGGGUAGACGGACAACCAAUAGAACUCGUGGAUAAGUUCUGUUACCUGGGCUGUACGCUGAAGAACAACGGCAGCUACGAGAGAGAUGUUCAGCAAAGAAUCGCUAAGGCUACUUCUGCAUUUAACUCCUUAACGAAAUGUCUGUGGUCGACUCCCAUCACCAACGGAGUCAAGCUGCGAGUCUACCUAUCCGCAAUUUGCCCCAUCAUGAUGUACGGAUCGAAGGCUUGGGCAACACCGUCAGCGGUUAUGGAGAGGCUUGAUUGCACGGAACGAAAGCUGCUUAGACGGCUACUUGGCUACUUUUGGCCUAGGGUAUGUCACAAUGAAGAUCUUUACGCAGAAAUUGAUGUGGUAUACCGGUGA